CAACAAUCGCAAGAAUCAUGGCCACGCAACUAAUUCCAUUGCCGGAGGUCGAAAGAUUGAGCUCAAGCGUCAUCAGAGUAUUGGGAGGGAAUCCGGGCAAGUUUACAUUACAAGGGACUAACACGUACAUCGUCGGUACUGGACAACAGCGUCUUUUAAUCGACACUGGUGAAGGCAAACCUUCCUGGAUUGCAGCUUUAAAAGAUACACUCUUGAAGGAGAAUGCCACCAUCGGCAAGGCUAUCAUCACUCAUUGGCACCAUGAUCACGCCGGCGGCAUAAAGCACUUAUUGGAGCACUCGCCGGACGCAAUCAUCUACAAAAAUCAGCCAAGCGAUGGCCAACAGGAUAUCCAAGAUGGGCAGAGGUUCCAAGUGGACGGAGCUUCCUUGCUUGCAGUUUUCUCCCCAGGCCACACCCAGGAUCACAUGUCAUUAGUGCUUGAGGAAGAGGAUGCCCUGUUUUCUGGCGAUAAUGUUUUAGGAACCGGCACAGCUGUUUUUGAGGACCUUUUGACUUAUCUCCAGAGUCUGGAGAAGAUGAGAGGACGGUUCCGAGGCCGCGCGUACCCUGGACAUGGCGCAGUGAUUGAGGACGGGCCAAGCAAGAUACUGGAGUACAUCCGACAUAGGCAACUGCGUGAGAAUCAGGUGAUUCAAGUAUUGAAGUCAUCUAGGUCGGAGCCAGAGGUCGAGGCGAAUGUCAACGAAGUCGAUGACUGGACCUCCAUGGAGAUUGUGAAGAUCAUAUACAAAGACGUUCCUGAGAAUCUGCAUAUACCUGCCAAUGGCGGUAUUAUUCAGAUACUUCACAAGUUAGAAGAGGAAGAAAAGGUGGUUGAAGACGCGAAGACAGGGAGGUGGAGACUCAGAAACCGCGCGGCCCUUUGAGGUGAUUGGAGGCAGAAGGCAAACAUCAAAGGUCUUUGGUUCUGGCGGAGCUGCAAAAGAAAGAGCUGACUUGGCGCUAUUGGGCUGGAAGCUCUCGACUAUCUGAAUUUGAGCACUCAACGUUGCAUGAAGUAGUACACUUUCCAC